AUGGCUGAUAAAUAUGUUAAUUUAUCAAGUCCUGAGCGCGUUGACGCAGCUGUCAAAUUACUUGCCGAGAAUCCUUCAUUGAGUCUACGAAAAGCAGCAACUAUCUGCAACGUACAUUCCUCCUCUGUUUCUCGACGUCGACGAGGUCUUACAAGGCCAAAAGAGCAAGCAAAUCAAGAGCAACAACUGCUCACACCAGCAGAAGAAGCUACUUUGAUCAAAUACACGCUUAAAUACAAUGACUGGGGUCUUCCGCUUCAAUUCAAGCAUCUUCGUCAAUUUACGUUAGAUAUCCUCUAUUGA